AUGGCGUCCCUUGUUCUCUCGGGAACUGGAAUUCUUGUCUCAACAAAGAAGUUUCGUUCUGGAAUCCCUGCUCGAAAAAGCGUCGUUAGAUGUAAUGUUGCGGAGCCAUUGAAGUUUAAGGAAAAUGGACACAUACCAACAGUUAGUGCUGAACAGGCGACAUUCCCAAGUUUCUUAGCUUUGAAUCAAACAGAAAGAUAUGUAAUUCAACAGAAUGAUACCCGGCUUCGGAUAUUUUCAGGCACAGCUAACCCUGCACUUUCUCAGGAAAUUGCCUGCUACAUGGGUCUGGAGCUUGGACAGAUCAAGAUAAAGCGUUUUUCUGACGGCGAAAUUUACGUUCAAUUGCAAGAGAGUGUCAGAGGUUGUGAUGUAUAUCUUGUGCAACCUACCUGUCCUCCUGCAAAUGAAAAUCUUAUGGAGCUUUUGAUAAUGAUUGAUGCAUGUCGGAGGGCAUCGGCCAAAAAUAUUACUGCAGUUAUUCCGUAUUUUGGAUAUGCAAGGGCUGAUCGAAAGACACAAGGGCGUGAAUCAAUUGCGGCCAAACUUGUAGCAAAUUUGAUUACUGAAGCAGGUGCAGAUCGUGUUCUUGCUUGUGAUCUUCAUUCUGGGCAGUCCAUGGGCUAUUUUGAUAUUCCAGUGGAUCAUGUACAUGGUCAGCCUGUCAUACUUGAUUACCUUGCCAGCAAGACCAUCUGCUCUGAUGAUUUGGUAGUAGUGUCACCAGAUGUUGGAGGGGUUGCUAGAGCACGAGCUUUUGCCAAGAAGUUGUCUGAUGCACCUCUAGCCAUUGUGGAUAAAAGGAGACAUGGACACAAUGUUGCAGAGGUGAUGAAUUUGAUUGGUGAUGUUAAGGGAAAAGUGGCUGUUAUGCUGGAUGACAUGAUUGAUACUGCUGGUACUAUUGCCAAAGGAGCAGCUUUAUUACAUCAAGAGGGAGCCAGAGAAGUGUAUGCUUGCAGCACACAUGCCGUCUUUAGUCCUCCUGCAAUAGAGAGGUUAUCAAGUGGGUUGUUUCAGGAGGUGAUUAUUACAAAUACAAUCCCUGUGUCAGAGAAGAACUAUUUCCCCCAGCUAACGGUCCUGUCUGUGGCAAAUCUCCUGGGUGAAACCAUAUGGCGUGUCCAUGAUGACUGCUCUGGUGGCUUUGAGCCUUACUCCAGCUUGGGCAUUGAUUGA